AUGGAGAGAGUAGUAAACAAACCCUUUGCGGGAAUCAUUCAUGAUUUCAAAGGAAGAAGAAAGUGUUACAAACAAGACUGGCUUGCUGCUUUUAAUUCUGGUGUUAGGAUACUGGCUCCAACUCUCUACAUUUUCAUUGCCUCUGCACUACCUGUGAUUGCAUUUGGCGAGCAGUUAAGCAGAGAGACAGAUCGAAGUCUUGGCAUAGUGGAAUCAUUAGCUUCCACAGCUAUUUGUGGAAUCAUCCAUUCUAUUUUUGGUGGACAGCCUCUGUUGAUAGUAGGUGUUGCUGAGCCCACUAUUAUCAUGUAUACUUACCUUCACAGCUUCAGCAAAGGCAGGCCUGAACUGGGUCAGAAACUCUACUUAGCCUGGGCAGGAUGGGUGUGUGUAUGGACAGCAGUUUUGCUUAUCCUUCUUGCAACGUUAAACGCAUCAAACAUCAUAUCUAGAUUCACAAGAAUUGCAGGAGAGCUCUUUGGAAUGCUGAUCACCGUUCUGUUUUUCCAAGAGGCUGUUAAGGGAGUUCUCGGCGAGUUUCUUGUGCCAAAAUCUGAAGAUCCAAGACUAGAGGUUUAUCAGUUUCAGUGGCGUUACACUAAUGGACUUCUUGCAGUUAUCUUCUCAUUUGGUCUUCUUUACACUGCUCUUAAAAGCAGGAGAGCAAGAACAUGGAGAUAUGGAUUUAGGUGGAUGCGAGGUUUUAUUGGAGACUAUGGAACUCUCCUCAUGCUUGUGUUGUGGAGUGCAUUCUCCUUCACAGUCCCUAGAGAUAUUCCUGAAGGAGUUCCAAGAAGGCUUGAACUACCUCUUCCUUGGGAUCCUGAGUCUUUGUAUCACUGGACAGUAGUCAAGGAUAUGGGGAAGGUCCCACCUCUUUUCAUUCUAGCUGCAUUUAUACCAGCAAUUAUGAUAGCAGGUCUAUACUUCUUUGAUCACUGUGUAUCUGCACAAAUGGCUCAGCAGAAGGAGUUUAAUCUGAAAAACCCUCCAGCUUAUCACUAUGACAUCUUUAUUUUAGGAAUCAUGACAUUGAUCUGUGGCUUACUUGGACUUCCUCCUUCAAAUGGAGUCAUUCCACAGUCCCCUAUGCACACAAAGAGUCUUGCAGUUCUCAAGAGACAGCAAAUGCGAAAGAAGAUGGUCCAGAAAGCCAAAGAAUGCAUGAAAGCAAAAGCAAGCAAGUCAGAGAUCUAUGGGAAGAUGCAAGAUGUGUUUAUUGAAAUGGAAACAUCACCCAAGGCAUUGGUGAAGGAGCUAGAAAACUUGAAAGAAGCAGUGAUGAAAGCAGAUGAUGGAGAAGGAGGAGGAGGAGGAGGAGACACAAAGGGGAAGAAGUUUGAUCCAGAAGUACAUAUUGAAGAUCAUUUGCCUGUUAGAGUUAAUGAGCAGAGAGUCAGCAAUCUCUUGCAAUCAAUCCUUGUUGGAUUGUUGAUAUUUGCAGUUCCACUUCUCAGAAUGAUACCAACUUCAGUUCUAUGGGGUUACUUCACUUACAUGGCUGUUGAUAGUCUCCCUGGAAACCAAUUCUGGGAAAGACUUCUGUUACUUUUCAUCACUCCUGGUCGUCGCUUCAAAGUUCUUGAAGGUUUACAUUCAUCAUUUAUGGAGAUUGUACCAUACAAGUCAAUUGUUAUGUUCACACUCUUCCAGCUACUGUAUUUUCUGAUAUGUUAUGGAGUAACAUGGAUUCCAGUGGGAGGGAUUCUGUUCCCAUUGCCAUUCUUCAUACUCAUUGCUAUAAGACAAUACAUCCUCCCCAAGAUAUUUGAUCCAGCUCAUCUCCAAGUUUUAGAUUCUUCAGAGUAUGAAGAGAUGGCUGGUGCACCUUAUAAUACUCCUUUGAGUUCUGUUGAGAUCAGUGAAGACGAGUUUUACGAUGCAGAGAUUUUAGAUGAGAUUACUACAAGCAGAGGUGAACUCAAGCAUAGAACCUUAAGUGUCAGGGAGGGUAGAUCACAAAUGGUAACUCAAACCCUUUCUAGAGAUUAA